AUGCAUGAUGCGGUUGUGCUUGCCAACUGUAUCUAUAACAUGGAAGAUAACAGCUCUAAAAGCAUUACAACCGCCUUUCAGGAAUAUUAUCGUCAGCGUUACUCUCGCGCACUAGAUGCAUUCCAGAGAAGCUCUACAUGGUCCAAAAUCUCCUAUGGCCAGACAUGGAAGGAGCGGUUGUUACGCCAGGUGAUGAUGAACUACGUCCCAUACUGGGUAUAUAAAUGGAUGGAUGCAAAAGUGUUUGCAUACUGUCCUCAAAUUGCAUGGCUUCCACUUACCCCUGCUCGCGGCUCUGUGGUCAUGCUCCCCCAGGAAUGCAAGCGAAAAGAUGAUAAUGAAAAUGCCGUAGUCGUGUAA